GCUGACAGACACUCCCCGCCCCGCUCUGACAGCUCCGGAUAUGGCACAGGUGGGUCUGGCCGCAGCAUGCGACAGCAGAGGUCGCCGCAGACGUCGCCGGUGUCAGAGAGCGCGCGGAGGGCGGAGCCGCGGCAUUCACGCCGCCCACGCUCCUCCCCAGCCGCACCCGCACCCGCCACACCUGGCACAGCUCCCGCAUCGCAGAACAAUUCACUCACGGAAGAGCUAAUGCGUCUAAUGGACGCAGAACUGGGGGAGGGGCAGAACGAGGGUGCGGGGCGUGGUCCACCACUGCCGCUGCCCGACGCCGCCGCACUCGACUGGGCCACGCUCGUACAUACUGCUACUAGGGCCAUGUUGCAGAUCUGCGAAGAACACCAGUAUCCAGCAAUGGAUAAUUUAGAAUCACUGGACAAUCCUGCAAGUGAACCCUCGCAGGAUUCUUGGCCGGAACCACCUAUAUCAGAGACUUCGAUAUCAACAGUGAUGUCGAACAGCCCGAGCGUAUCGAGCAGUGCGAGCGUGGUGGGCGGGGCUAACGCAGUAGGCGGGGCUAGCAUA